AUGACUAGAACUUCCGUCUUAGCUGAUGCUUUAAAUGCUAUUAAUAAUGCUGAAAAAACUGGUAAACGUCAAGUUUUGAUUAGACCAUCUUCUAAGGUCAUCAUUAAAUUUUUAACUGUUAUGCAAAAGCAUGGUUACAUUGGUGAAUUCGAAUACAUUGAUGAUCACAGAUCUGGUAAGAUUGUUGUUCAAUUGAAUGGUAGAUUAAACAAGUGUGGUGUUAUUUCUCCAAGAUUCAAUGUCAAAAUUAACGAUAUUGAAAGAUGGACUGAUAACUUAUUACCAGCUAGACAAUUCGGUUACGUUAUCUUAACUACUUCUGCUGGUAUUAUGGACCAUGAAGAAGCUAGAAGAAAGCACGUCUCUGGUAAAAUCUUAGGUUUCGUUUAUUAA